AAUUCGCGUUUCCGUUUAAGCGGACGUUUGUCCUACUCGACUUGCCGUAACUGGAAGUCUUCUUGCUUUGUUGCUUUGAACAGUAUUUUCUUUUUCAAUUGUUUAAUAACAUUUUAUACGAAAAUAAAUCAUAUCUCAUGUCGUCCUAAACUAGAAACGCUGCAUUAGAAAGGUGUAAACAAUGGCUAAUGAACGGUUACGGGCUCUGGAGGAUGUGGAAAAGGAGAUCGCGGUCGUUCUUCAGUGUGCAGGAACCAUAGUGCUGGAGUUGUCCAAGGAGAAGCACAAUUCAAAUUUAUUAGAUCGGCAACUCAACCAGUUUCAGACCUCAAUUAACAGGAUCGAAAGCGAGCUCAGCUCUCAGAUCCGCUAUCUUACACAGGUGGCGACCGGUCAGCCUCACGAAGGGUCAACAUACUCGGCACGAAAGGACUGCCAGAUGGCUCUCAACCGUGCUGAAUACGCCCGUGUCAAACUGGGCGAACUGAGACGUACCUGUGAGAUGAUGCUCGAUCAACAGACAUGAUGGAACCGAUGUUUGCAUUUGUGUUCUAUUGCAAAUGUAUGAGCAUAACAUUUAGAUUUAGUCAGAGUUGCAAGAAAAUUUUGUUCAAGGUUCUUGAACCAUGGCUUUGUCAGAAAGCCCAUGUUUGUUUGGUUUUUUUUUAUAUUAACUAUCCAUUUGUACUGCUUUGUGUUUUUUCUUGUUGAACCUUAAUUUCACCCUCAAACAAAUUAUCACUUACUUUUUUAAGUGACGUCUCACCAUUUUGUUACAAAUAAAAAAAAAAGUCCCCAUAUUGAAA